AUGGGACUGUGCUGCUGCACACAGAAGCCAGCGAAACAAAAAAGAGAGAUCAAAAUCGGUUGUUUCGGUGUCGAUGGCGCAGGAAAGACGACAAUAUUGAAAAUGAUCAAAGGCGAAGACCCACGUGGAGUGUUGCCAACGAAUGGCUUCUCAAUGAUCGACAUGGAUUACAGCAACGAAUUCAAAAUCAAAGUUUACGAUCUCGGAGGACACGAACGAAUUCGCGACAUUUGGACCAAUUAUUAUGCAGAAGUCCAUGGAAUUAUUUACGUUGCUGACAUUUCGGAUGAAAAUCGUCUUGAUGAGAAUUACGAGACGAUACGUAAGGUACAGCUUCAUAGAGGUACUUCCAGAAAACCGUUCCUAGUGGUACUGAACAAGAAAAAACCAACGGAAAUGGACGACUUUGACUUCUCGAGAAAUGCCGAUCUCAAUGAGAAUGGCUCAGCACACGGUCAGAUGAUCUUCAUAACACACGUCAACCAGUACAAGGGCGAGAUAUUUGGAACGAUUUUUGCUGAUGGCCUCUUUCAACCAUCUGAGAAUACUUCGCAUAGAUUGUGA